AGAGCGAUAAAGUACAUUUCUUUCAGGCAGACAAGACCACAGAAGAUAACUGGCAGAGACUGUACUAAUACAUUUAUCAUGAGUACGAAUACAAGCCAUAAAGACUGUGGAAGACAACGAACCCAGGGUAUGAGUCGUCCAAGUGUCUUCAGCAUUUUGAUUUUGAUUGCCACGAUGAAUGUAGCAAUUGGCGGAAACGAAAAUUCCUUUCUUAAAAGAACAACUCUAAUGGAUGGUGACAUUCAUUGGAAGGGAAAUGAAGAAUUGUUGCAACAUCGGACCAAUCAAAGCAUUCAGGUCUGCAACACAUCAAAAUGUCAGGAAGCUGCCAGGUAUAUAAAGAGCUCAAUGGAUAUGAAUGUAAACCCUUGUGAUGACUUUUAUCAGUAUGUUUGUGGAGGAUGGGAGAGAAACAAUCGAUACCGUUUUGAAGGUGGAGUCGCAUAUUAUCCAAUUCCACAUAUAUUAAGAGACAAGACGAAUGAUUAUCUUAGAACAACCUUGAGUAAUGGAAUUCAUGACAAGGUAGCUGACGAGGAGUUUCUAAGGAUGCCAAUAGAAUUGUACAAGUCGUGCAUGAACAUUGCUGCAAUCACGAAAUUAGGCGAUGCACCUUUGAGGGAACUAAUCAAAAAGAUGGGAAAUUGGUGCAUUGAUGGAGUGUGCGCUGGAUGGAAUGAAAGCAAUUGGAACUUUACAAAAGUUCUACUAACCAUUCACAAGGACUAUAGCCAGGAGGGGCCAUUGUUUUCUAUAUAUCUUACUGCAGAUAUACAGAAUAGCAGCAGAAAUAUGAUUGUGAUUGAUCAAGCUGGAAUAAAACUGCAAAAGGACCUCUAUUCAAACAUUCAGAUUACUGAAAAGUACAAAAGAUUUAUAGUCGAAAUUGGAAAAUUGCUGUUUGGACGUGACAAAGAGGCUUUCAUUGCCACCAAAGCCCAAGAAAUUAUAGACUUCGAAACUGAACUGGGAAAUAUAACUGUAUCAGCCACAGAUAAAGAGAACUCCAUGUAUGAAACGAUGUCUUUAAGUGAACUAGAGAUAGAGGCACCUGGCUUUGCCUGGCUUAACUAUCUGAAUGAGUUGUUUGCCCCAACUACAAUAACUCCAAACGAAACUGUUAAAGCACCGACAUUGCCCUAUUUAAAGAAGGUUAUGAACCUAGUUAACAAGACUAAAAAGAGCACUUUGGCAAAUUAUCUUGUGUGGCAUGGGAUUCAGGAUACGCUCUUUUAUCUGUCCGAGCCUUACAGGAAUCUUUCCGUAAACUUCAAAAAUAUUCGCUAUGGUUCAAGUGGAGAUAAGCCUCUUUGGGAAAAAUGUGUCUCUUAUACUACUCUGGCUUUUACAGACGUAUUAGGCGCAGUAUACAUAAAUUCUGAUCUUACUCAACACCGAAACGCCAAAAAUAUGGUUAUAAACCUUGUACAUGAAGUUCGGCAAGCAUUUAAAGAUAACCUAGAUUUUGUCCCUUGGAUUGAUAACACAACAAAGAGUAAAAUGUUGGAAAAGGCUGAAGCUAUGAUUGAUCGAAUUGGCUUCCCUGAAUACCUUGUUGAUAAAACACAAUUAAAUAUGAAACUCGAGAAAUGGAGAGGACUGAUUAUCAGAAACAACACCUACUUCAGCAAUAGAUUAGCUAUACGUCACGCAGAACACAAAAACAUGAUGGAAAACCUCCGAAUGCCAAUAGAUAAUGAGAGAGCGAGUAAGCCGAACAAUCUGGAGAAAAACAUUAAAGCAAUGGAGAUAAUAACUUUGUCAGCGAUAAUUCUUCAGCCACCAUUCUUAUAUCCGGAUGAACGCCUUAGGUCAGUUAACCUAGGAAGCCUUGGCUCAGUUAUUGGACAUGAGAUAAUCCAUGGUUUUGAUAACAAAGGCAGAAUGUUUGACAAAAAUGGAAGGAAGACCGAACAGUGGUGGACAAACAGUUCACUCCAGGCGUUUAAAGAACUAUCAAAGUGUUUCGUAAACCAGUACUCAAAGUAUAUUGUUUCAGGAAAAUACCCGAUCAGCGGCCAGCGAACUCUUCCUGAAAAUAUUGCAGACAAUGGUGGUCUAUACCUCGCUUUUAAGUUACAUGAGGCAAGGUCGAAUGGAACGAAUGCCCAAAUCUGGAAACUACCAGGACUAACAAAUUUCACUGAUGAUCAGCUCUUUUUCAUUAGUUUGGGGCAGACCUAUUGUAGUAUCAGCAAUGACUAUGCGAAAUAUUACAUUACCGAGUACUUGCAACAUCCUUAUGAUGGAUACAGAUUAAAUGGAACAUUAUCAAAUUCUUAUGAUUUUGCUAAUGCUUUCAACUGCGCUACAACUAGUAGGAUGAAUCCCGUUACCAAAUGUUCCAUGUGGCUUGGUGAUGCUGCUUGACAAUACGGCACAGUAAAGAAUGAGCCAUGUUAUUAAUUAAUUGCAUUGUUACUUCUAUUCAGAAAAGGAAAAGUGUAAA